GAGAGAGAGAGAGAGAGAGAGGAGAGGGAGGUGGGUCUUCGUUCCCGUGCCCCCCCAUAAGAGCCAAGCCGCCGCGGUGGAGGCUUUAGCCAACACACACGAGCCCAGGCGAUAGCGAGCGCCGGGGAGGAACCAAUCCCCAAGGACUUGCGGGGCCCGCGCGGGGGUGGGAGAGGGAGCCUUUCGCCGCCGCGGAUCUCUCCCGAUCUGAGGCGCCGCGCGCCAAUUCCCCGCAGGGUUUUGGGCCGCCGGCGACGGAGAUGAGCGUGGAGAGCCCGGGGGGAGCCGCGGGGAGCUAGGGUUCUAUCUCGCGCGCUACGACGUGGGGCUCGGCGGCACGGACGACGACGCGCCCCGGCAGCUUCCUAAGCUUUCCAUGGGAGAUGGGGGAGUCGCGUGCGCCGUCCGCGCAGUGGAGGGCUUCCGUGCCGGCGCCCUCGUGAGCAGAGGAGGAGGAGAAGCGAUGCCUGACAAGGGGGAGAGGGGGCACGGCCACCACCAACACCGGCAGCACCUGCACCGGAAGAACCAGCAGUUGGCGCCGCCUGCCGAGCUGGAGGAGGGGGAGCUGCUCAAUGGGGAGGUGGGGAGCAACGGGGUGCCAGAGAGGAGCAUGCCGCCCAAGAAGUGGAGGAAGGUGCUGGUGGCCUCGACGACCGUGGAGGUGGAGCCUGGGGAGAUUGUGGGCGCACAGCAAGCGGUGCAGUCGAGGAAAGCGAGAAGGAACGGGGAGCUUGAGAAAGGUGAGUUGGCGCCGGAGAGGCAGAGGAAGGACAAGUCUUCUGGGAAGAGCGGGAGGAAGUCGGGUAAGGAUGAGGUGGAGCCAGGGGAAAUUACUCCGCUGGAGAAAAAGCGGGAUGGUAAGUCCCAUCGGGGUGAUGAUCAUAGCAGGAGGCGGAGUUCGUCUGCCCAGAAAGGCUCCUUUCGGGAUUCUGACGAAGAGCCCGGUGAAAUUAAGCCAGAGAGCAGCAGCAGUGGCAGUGUCAGGAAGAGCCGUCCAUCAGAGCUCCAGAGCAUUAAUCACAAGCACCAAGCUGAUGCGUCUGACCAAUCAGGGUUAAAAAGUCGCAAGAAGGGAGAAGGGAAAAGUUCGUCUGCUGGGAGGCAUUUAUCUGGAAGAAAUCGUGAGGUCUCGCCACCAAUAUGGGAUCGGCAUGAUAGGCGCGAGAGGAGCCCAGGCAUCUUAGGCCGCUUUCCUCAUGAUCGAAUUCGUUAUGACAGGUACGACAGGAGUCCGAGCUGCAUGGAGCGCUCCCCACGGGAGCGUCCUCGCCACUACGAUAGCAGAGACCGCAGCCCAUACAUUUCACCUCGACAUAGAGCUCGCCAGUCCCAUUACAGGGACAGCACACCAAGUCGUGUUGAUAAUUCCCCUCGUGGGAGGGCCCAGCAUGAGGAUUUCAGAGACCGUAGUCCACUUCGUCAUGACAGAUCACCGUCUGAACGUUGUCGGGCUACUGACAGCCAUGAAACAAGCAAGAAGAGCAGAAGUGCUAAGCUUGAUACCAACAAUCCAGAAAAGCCACAGCACAAAAGUAAAUCAACGAAGCAAUCUUCAAAGAUCAAGAGUGGUAGUAAUGGGAAGGGUGAGGAGAAAAUCUCCAAGGAAAAGGUAACUGAGAGCACUCAGUACACUGAGCUGCCGCCACCACCCCCACUACCACCACCGCCGCCUCCUCCUCCGCCUCCACCUCUACCACCUGUCGUGCCGCCUCCCCUUCCCCCACCACCAGAACCUGAGCUGAAUGGAGUUCUUGCAGAAGAUGCCUCUAUGGAAGAAGACAUGGAUAUCUGCGACACCCCACCUCACACUGGUGCAGCACCUGAACCCACCGAACCCACUUGUGACAUGGGGAGGUGGUUUUACCUUGACCAGUUUGGUAUUGAGCAAGGACCUUCCAAGCUUGCUGACUUGAAGAAACUGGUGGAAGAUGGAUAUCUUCUUUCUGAUCACCUAAUAAAACAUGCUGACAGCAACCGAUGGGUGACCGUUGAGAAUGCAGCUUCACCGCUGGUUCCAUCUGAUAUCCCCUCUGUGUAUUCGGAUGCUUCAACACAGCUGGUUAGCCCGUCAGAAGCCCCAGGAAAUUUGCUCGAUGAAACUCCAGAGGAGGCAUCUAACUUGGCAUCAGGUGCUGCGGAUGAACCAAUGGAGGAAGCUUAUGCAGAACAUAAGGAAGAUUUCUACAUUGAUGAUAGGGUUGAAGCACUGAUGGAUGGAUCAAUUUUGGUGCAUGGCCAGGAGCUUGAGAUACUUGGAGAGGUUUUAAAUGCAGAUUUUAAGCCUGCUGACUGGGAAAGAUGGAGUCACCCUGAAGAUUUUCCUAGAUUCCAAGUGCAUCCUGAAGGAGAUGAUAGAAUCAACAGAGGCACGGAAUUCUUAGACAACAGGCCCACAGAUACUUAUGGCCUUGGUUUUGUUGAGAGGAACUGCUUUCACCAUCAUGUUGAAUCUUGUGAAUGGUUUUCUGGGAGAUGGUCUUGCAAAGGUGGUGACUGGAAGAGAAACGACGAAUCGAGCCAAGAUAAGCCGUACAGGAAAAAGCUUGUUCUGAAUGAAGGUUAUCCACUUUGUCAAAUGCCAAAAGGUAGCCAUGAGGAUCCUCGUCCACACUGCAAGGAUGAAAUUUACUACCCUGUACAUGCUAAAAAGCUUGAUCUACCAUUAUGGACAUUCUCAUCAACAGAAGAGAAUACUGACAGUGUUAAUGAUGCCAGUAAAAAUGGUGUUAUGCCUGGGAGGCCAGUUCAGAUCAGACAGCCUCCUAGGGGAGUGAAGGGUACGAUGCUUCCAGUGGUUAGGAUAAACGCUCGCGUUGUUAAGGACCAAGCAUCCGCUGAACCCCGUACAAAACCCAGAGGAGCUGAUCGAUCAGUUUCUAGAUCUUCACGCUCCCAUUCAAUUGGGACUGAUAGGACUUCUGUCCAUGAAGGUUUGUCGCAUUCCAAGAAGCAUCAUGAACAUGAUUCGCAAGGUCUGCACAAGUCCAAGUCUGUUCCAAACAUUCCAAAGGACCAUGUAUGCACUACUGAAGAACUGUCAGUCAAUCGGGGUGACUGGUACUACCUGGAUGGCACUGGGCAUGAGCACGGUCCAUUUUCUUACCCUGAAUUGCAAGAGUUAGUUAAAAAGGGCACUAUCAUUGAACAGAGCAGUGUAUUCCGUAAGAUUGAUAACACAUGGUUUCCGGUUCUUAUGGAUUUAAAACCUGACUGCACUGUUCGUAGUGACACAGCACGAAGCUCUAAUUCUUCCUCAGCUCUUAUGCACUCAGACCAAUACAAUGUUGGUGUGAACCAUGGAUCUGGUAGCUUCCAUGAAUUGCACCCCCAGUUCGUGGGUUAUACGCGUGGCAAGCUACAUGAGCUAGUCAUGAAAUAUUUCAAGAGCAGGGAACUUACUUUAGCUAUAAAUGAGGUCUUGGAUCCAUGGAUUUCAGCAAAGCAGCCCAAAAAAGAAAUUGAAACAUAUUUUUCUCACAAUUCAGCAUAUAGGAAUUUCCUGCCAGAAGAUGGUGGGUCUGCAAAAAGGGCAAAAUUGUUGCCUGAUCAAAAUGAUGAGGAUAUUCAUAUGUUAGAUGACAUUUUUGCCAGUCAGAAGGAGGACAUCUGUUUUGAAGAGUUAUGCGAUGGUGCUGCUUUUGUUGAUGACAACUCUGUGGAUCCCGAAGCAGAAAAUAAAAGUUGGGGUCUACUAAAUGGUCACGUGUUAGCGAGAAUCUUCCAUUUUCUGAGGGCAGAUGUGAAAUCGCUUAUUUCUUCCGCAGCUACCUGUAGGCGCUGGAACGCUGCAGCUAAGUAUUACAGGAACAUGUGUAGAUUCAUUGAUUUGUCUUCUGUUGGUCCUCUUUGCAUUGAUUCUGUGCUUCGUGAUAUUAUGGCUGGUUAUGAGAAGCAAAAUAUUAGGACACUUAUUUUAUCCGGGUGUUUGAAUCUUAGCUCACUUGCUCUUGAGAGAGUACUUGAGCAGCUUCCACACAUAUCUUAUGUGCACAUUCAAGGUUGCAGCCAUCUAGGGGAUCUGAAAAACAGAUUUCAGCACAUAAAAUGGAUCAGGAGCUCGUUUAAUCCCGAGUCAUACCAGAAAAUGAAAAGCAUGAAGCAGAUAGGUGAUGGGAACAACUACCCAUCCAAAGUUGCAAGGAACUUGACCAAUCAGCUGGGUGGUUCUGAUGAGCUUGACGGUUAUUUUGCUGAUAUUUCAAAUAGAGAGAAUGCUAAUCUUUCAUUUGGACAAGGUUUCUAUAAACGAUCAAAACUGCUUGAUGCUAGAAAGUCCUCUGCGGUUUUGUCGAGGGAUGCACAAAUGAGGCGUUUGAUGCAGAGACAGGCGGAGAAUGGCUACAGGAAGAUGGAAGAGUUUGUCAUCAACAGGUUCAGGGAAAUCAUGAAGAGUAACAGAUUUGAUUUUUUCAUUCCAAAGGUUGCGAAAAUUGAAGGUAGGUUAAAAAAUGGGUAUUAUGCUCGCCACGGCUUUAGUUCCAUCAAGCAUGACAUCCGUUCUAUGUGCCAAGAUGCAUUGAGAUAUAAAGAUGACGGUGAUUUGGGGGAUAUAAAGCAAAUUGUUGUCUCCUUCAUCCAGCUAGCAAAGAGACUAGGGAACCUGAGGCACAUUUCUGAGAGAAAUGGAGCAGCAGCCCAGAAGGACAGCUUGGACAUUAGUCAGUACUCUUCAGACACAAAACUAAAAAAGAAACAAAAUAAAAUGAGGGGAGCAAGUUCGACUACUGCCGGAGCAGAUAAUUCAUCUCGUGCGUUUGAUCGUGAAAUCAAAAGAAGCCUAUCUAAGUUGAAGAAAAGGGAUGUUGACUCUGGUAGCGAAACCUCUGAUGAUGAUGAUGGGUACUCUGAAGGUGAUGAAACUGAGAGCGAAACUACUGUUUCUGAUACAGAGAGUGACCUUGAUGUAAAUUCUGGAGCAUGGGAUUUAAAGGGAAAUGGUCUGAAGUUAUUUGAAUCUGGUGAAUCUGUGACUGAUGAUCGUAUAUUGGGUGCCCGCAUGACAAAGGCGAGCCUUGUUCCUCCAGUCACUAGGAAGUACGAAGUUAUCGAGGAAUAUCUUAUUGUAGCAGAUGAGGAGGAAGUAAAACGAAAAAUGCGGGUUGCUUUACCUGAUGACUACUCUGAAAAGUUGCUCUCGCAAAAGAACGGCACUGAAAAUAUGGAGCUUCCGGAGGUUAAGGAUUAUCAACCUCGGAAAGUACCCGGGAAUGAGAUUCUUGAGCAAGAAGUAUACGGCAUAGAUCCAUACACACAUAAUCUACUGUGUGACAUUAUGCCUGCUGAUCUUGACUGGUCACCAGCUGAUAAGCAUAUCUUUAUUGAGGAGUUGCUUCUGAAUACCUUGAAUAAGCAAGUUAGGCAUUUCACUGGUUCGGGAAGUACCCCUAUGGUUUACCCUCUUAAACCUGUUAUUGAAGAAAUCCAAAGGUCUGCAGAGGAGAGUGGUGACCGACGAACUUUGAAGAUGUGCCUAGGAAUGCUAAAGGUCAUGAGGAACCGUCCUGAACAUAGCUGUGUCGCUUAUAGAAAGGGUCUUGGAGUUGUUUGCAACAAAAAGGGUGGAUUUGGUUUAGAUGACUUUGUUGUCGAGUUCUUUGGGGAGGUUUACCCUUCUUGGAGGUGGUAUGAAAAGCAAGAUGGUAUUAAGCAUAUACAAAACAACAGCCAAGAUCAAGCUCCUGAGUUUUACAACAUUAUGUUAGAAAGGCCAAAGGGAGAUCGUGAUGGAUAUGACUUGGUUUUUGUUGAUGCGAUGCACAAGGCCAACUAUGCGAGUAGAAUCUGCCACUCCUGCAACCCUAACUGCGAAGCAAAAGUGACAGCUGUGGAUGGUAAAUACCAGAUUGGAAUUUACACUGUUCGACCAAUUGCAGAAGGCGAGGAAAUCACUUUUGAUUACAACUCUGUAACUGAGAGUAAAGAAGAGCAUGAAGCAUCGGUCUGCCUCUGUGGGAGUCAAAUAUGCCGGGGCAGCUAUCUAAAUUUUUCUGGUGAAGGAGCCUUUGAGAAGGUGUUAAUGGAAUUCCAUGGUGUGCUUGAUCGGCAUAGCCUACUGUUACACGCUUGCGAAGAAAACUCCGUCUCUCAACAAGACUUAAUUGACUUGGGUAGAGCUGGUCUUGGUACCUGUUUGCUUGCUGGUUUGCCUGGAUGGCUUGUUGCUUACACGGCUCACCUGGUGCGGUUUAUAUACCUCGAGAGACAGAACCUUCCUGAUGAGAUCUUAAAGCACAAUGUGGAAGAGAAGCGCCAGUUCCUUAUUGAAAUAAACAUGGAUUCUGAGAAGAAUGACGCUGAGGUUCAGGCCGAGGGAGUGUUAAAUUCAAGAUUACAGAAUAUUGUACAUACACUUGACAAGGUGAGAUAUGUUAUGAGAUCCAUAUUUGGGGACCCCAAGAAUGCUCCUCCUCCUCUGGUGAGGUUGACUGGGAGAAGUCUAGUAUCUGCCAUCUGGAAAGGGGACAGCUCAAUAGUUGCUGAACUCCUUCAGUCAAUGGAACCUCAUGUUGAGGAAGAGGUACUUAGUGAGCUCAAGGCCAAAAUUUGUGCUCACGAUCCAUCAGACGCUGAAGACAUCGAGGGAGGCAUCCGUAAUUCUCUGCUAUGGUUGCGUGAUGAGUUGCGGACUCUUCCAUGCACAUACAAGUGCCGUCAUGAUGCUGCUGCAGAUUUGAUUCACUUGUAUGCUUACACAAAGUGUUUUUUCAGAGUCCGGGAUUACAAUACAGUAAAAUCUCCACCAGUUCAUAUCAGUCCGCUUGAUUUAGGUCCCAAAUAUGCUGAUAAAUUGGGACCUGGCUUCCAGGAGUACUGCAAGACAUACCCAGAAAACUACUGCUUAGCCCAACUUAUCUAUUGGUAUAGCCAGAAUGCAGAACCUGAAUCUAGAUUGACAAGAGCUAGAAAAGGUUGCAUGUCAUUGCCAGAUGUCUCCUCCUUCUAUGUGAAGUCUGUAAAGCCAACGCAAGAGCGAGUCUAUGGCAACAGAACCGUGAGAUUCAUGUUAUCGCGCAUGGAAAAACAGGCACAGAGACCAUGGCCUAAGGACAGGAUAUGGGUGUUCAAGAGCGACCCAAGAUUCUUUGGUAGUCCAAUGAUGGAUGCUGUGUUGAAUAAUUCCCCGCUCGAUAAGGAGAUGGUGCAUUGGCUCAAGACAAGACCAAACAUUUUCCUAGGCUAGUAAAGGAUCGUAGGUAGCAAUGGCAUUUGGUUUCUCACUUUGGGGAUUUUAGUCUACAGGAUUCUUUUUUCUACUUACAUCUUUGCUACCUAAUCAUGGGGAGUUAGCUUUUAGAUAGCAGGGUAACAAUCUCACCGGCCCAGUCUGUACAGUCCGCCCCUCCCUAGAUUCCUUGCAGAGAUGUAUUCGAUUAGUAACUGAUAGAUCCAUCAUUGAUUUAAUGUAGUGCCUUUUCCCCAUAGGAUCGCUCCCUCCCUUGUUUCAUGUAAAUGGAAAACAAUUGCAAUCUUGAAUUCAGUUACGCAUUAAGAUUGUAGGCAAUGUUGCAUUUCUGUGGUUCAAUCUGGCUGUUUCACUCAAUAAAAGGUUUUAGGGGCAAUCAGUGUUACAGAAUA